GCUGGAGUCAAUUGAUCACCAAAUAAAUAUUGUACUACUAUUUAAUUGGUAAUACUAUUUUUAAUAAGGAGCGACGAAGAGGACGACUGCCCAAGUAUCAAGCAAUGAGAAGAUUGUUCCAUUAGACUCUGCAAUUGUUGUAAGACCAGCAGAGCCCGCAGAAGAUGGGUCUGAGAUGAGAAAGGACUUCACAGUUCAGGAUUCAGCUUUACCUUCUAUCAUUGAACAGCCUGCUGAUUAUUCUCAUGUGCAGCGAAACAGACCCUAUGUGAUAACACGAAGAAGUUUUGAAUGUCUCAAGUCUUCUCUCUCAGAUGAAUGGUAGACGCUUGCCUCCACAUCGCCACAAUUGAAUCUAGCAAUGUUUACCAUGUGGACUGUAUCAAUGCAACACUUAUCUUCACUGGAGAUUUUGUAAGGACUGGAUACCUUGCAUCAGUCAAUUUCAAUGUGUUUGAUACGGUUGUCGGAGCCGUUAACGAAAAUGGCAAUCACUGGAUCUAAGUGUGCAUUUCUGAAUGAGAGGUUCAGGCGAGGAUUGGAAACCUCACAGCCCCAAUCAUGGACCAUGGAGAGUGUUGCUCAUGCAAAGCAGUUUUAUAGCAUUUCAUGUGGUGUAUAUGUUAUUCAGGAAGGGUGUGUUGAAACAAAUACUAAUGAGCACUAUCGAAGUACUUGUGUUUGUGGAGAACUACUUGGAGGGGAAGUCCCUACAAUUUUCCUGGACAAGGAAUGAUGUGGAGGAAAAGAGAAAACAGAUUGCAUUGUCAUUGCCUGCUUUUAGCUGUAGGCAAGGCUCGAUGGUUACAGGGGUCAGGCAAUUCCGCAUAGUAAUUCCCACCCAAGAGACCCUAAGUGUUAAGUCUGUGAGUGACCGCUCUCUGGGCCAGUCAGAUUCUGGCUCCAUAGAGCCAAAACAGUCAACCUCCGGAGAGGCAUCCAUAAUAUCCAUAACAUCCAUCCAGAAGUCUGCUAAGAGGAUGAGAGAUGAGAGUCCUGGUGAUGAUGCUGGUGUGAAGAGGUCAAAAGAAAAAGUUGCUGAGGCGUCCCCAGCAGAUGUCCCAGACAUCACGAUAACGGACGAGUCCAGUCAGCCAGAUCACAGGCAGAUCCAGUGGGCAGAGGUCGCACCCGUCCAGCAGGUGGAAGUGGAACCGAAAGAGGGGGCACAAGACACAUAUAUAUCACAGGAAGCGCCGCACAUGGAAACAGCCACAAAACAUAUACCUUCAUCAUUGUACUACCCACUGACUACAUUGAAUGUAGAAAGACAGAACGAAGAUCACCAUAAGGCCACAUCACGAAAGCCAUUUCGCCAGACUGCCUGUCUCAAGUGCCUUGUUUUAAUUGUUUGGUUUAUAUUAUAAUCUACUGGCUUAUUUUAUUGAUUAUUUGUUAUGGGAACUUGAGUGCCAGACCUAUGACUAGCUAUUUAUGAGAUUCUGAAUUCUUAUGAGAACUUUAUUUCAAAAGAUAGGCUUAUGACUGGCUGUUAGUUAGAAGCUUUGUAAUGAAGCUGUGCACAUAAGAUUGUGAAUUGGUAUAAGAACUUUAUUUCAAAAGAUAGGCUUAUGACUGGCUGUUAGAAGUUUUUUGUACAAAUUUUAUUGUGAAUUACCCGGUAGAUUGUGAAUUGUUAAGAGAAUUCAAGUGCCACCCUAUCGUUAGCUUUUAGUGACAUUUCUAAUAAAUCUGUUAGUUUAAAGUUUUGUUAUGAAAUUGUACACAGUUUGUGAAUUGUUAUGAGAUAUUUAGUGUCUGAACUAUGACUAGUUAUAAGUGAGAAGAUUUAUAAUGAAACAAUACAUUAGAUUGUGAAAUGUUAUAACAACUUUUCUGCAAGACCUAUGACUAGCUAUGAGUGAAAAGAUUUCAUAUGAAAUAGUACACAUUAGAUUGUGAAUUGUAAAAACAACUUUUGUGCCAGAUAUAUUAUUAGCUAUUAGUAAGAUUUAUAAUGAAAUGGCACACAUUAAUUUGUAAAUUGUUAACAGAACUUUGGUGCAAGACCAAUGCCUGUAUAUAAGUGUUAAGAUUUUUAUGAAAGUGUACACAUUAGUUCUUAAACUGUUAAGAUAUUUUUGUGAGAGGAGUAUGUUUAUAAAUGAUGAUGAGAUAGUUGUACACAUUUUAUUGUGAUAUCUUAUGAGAUAUUUGGUGCCAAAUGAAAGCAAAUUGCUGAUGAAACUUUACACAUUAGAUUGUGAUUUUGUAGAACGUUUGUGUUAAAUGGACAGUGUUCUUGCAUCCAAGGUGCGAAUGUUGAUAAACUAUAUUGUUUGCAGACAGUUUGAAGAAAAUGAAAACUGUUUUAUUCUGUCGGUCAGUGCUCAAACUUGUGGCUCAAAUUACUACUUUUGUUUUUUGAAUAUCUGAACUGGUAAAGUAUUUCAAAGCAUGAAGUGCAGAUUUUCAAGACGCACUUUCCAUAUGCUCUGAUUCACAGAGGACAGAGCUAUGGACAAAUAAUUACAACUUCUGUCACUUUCAUAUGAAUGCUGCAUUCUGAUUGGAUAAUUUGUUCAUGUGACCGGUUUUUCAUUUUCCAAUGAACCCACUUCGUAUGCAAAUUGAAACAUGAAUCAUAGAGAUACUUUUUGGUCAUAAACAUGUUGUCAAAAUGACGUUAAGAUUUGCGCGAAACUUAAUGGCGUUGGUUUUUAUUGGUCAAUAGCGAAAUGACGUUAUAUUUUUUCGCGAACUUCAAAGAUAUAUACCCAUUUGACGGAGAUGAAACCGAAACUGAAAAUAGAUUCAUAGGCUAGAUUAAAAAGAACUUUUAUGACCCUUCCCCCUAUAGAAUUUCAGCUUAAAGAUCAUUUUGUGUUGUAAUUACGCCAGUGUUAAUUCAAAUUAGGAAUAAUUUUUCCCGACAGUUCAUACACCGAUGAAAUGCAGAAAAAUGCUAUUCAAUUCUUAAGUAAAUUUUGACAUAAUUUAGGUCUUUUUCCCACCGAAUGGGAACUUAUUGGAGCAAGCUUCUGUUUUUUAAGUGACUAAUUUUAUACCUCGUCAUAAGCAUGCAGUUAAGAUAUGCAAGACACAAUUUCCUAUGAAUUUAUCGACACAUCCCAAACUUCUGCUCUUAUUCCUCAUUGAGUCAGUCAAUUUCAUCCCAGUCAAAACUGUCUCUCUGGUAUUUUUAGUGACUGGUGACAAAGCUAUAGCUUAAGUAUCAAUAGAUAUGCAAAUGAACCUAAAAUGUCACUUAAAUUCUGCUUUGAUUUGCCUUUUAUUGAAAGUGCUUUAUUUUUAUUUGAUAUCGCAAUGUUUAAUGCCUUCUGAUGCUUGUUUUUAUAUUUUGUAAGCCCACCUUAGCACAUUGUUCAAAGGUCAAAAAUGGCCAUAAAUGAGCUUGUCCGGGCCAUAACUAUGUCAUUCAUUGUGAGAUUUUAAAAUCAUUUGGCACAAUUGUUCACCAUUAUUGGACGGUGUGUCGCGCGAAAGAAUUACGUCAAUUACUCCAAGGUCAAAGUCACACUGGCCAUAAAUGAGCUUGUCCGGGCCCUAACUAUGUCAUUUAUUAUGAGAUUUUAAAAUCAUUUGGCACAUUUGAUCACCAUUAUUGGACGGUGUGUCGCGCGAAAGAAUUACGUCAAUAACUCCAAGGUCAAUGUCACACUGGCCAUAAAUGAGCUUGUCCAGGCCAUAACUAUGUCUUUUAUUGUGAGAUUUUAAAAUCAUUUGGCACAUUUGUUCACCAUUAUUGGAAGGUGUGUCAUGCAAAAGAAUAAUGUCGAUAUCUGCAACGUCAAGGUCACACUUUGAGUUCGAAGGUCAAAAAUGGCCAUAAAUGAUCUUAUCUGGGCCAUAACUGUCACUCAUUGUGAGAUUUUAAAAUUACUCGGUACAUUUGUUCACAUUAGACGGUGUGUCGCGCGAAAGAAUAACGUGAAUAUCUUCAAGGUCAAAGUUACACUUUGAGUUCAAAGGUCAAAUAUGGCCAUUAAUGAGCUUGUCCGGGCCAUAAAAAUGUCAUUCAUUGUUAGAUUUUAAAAUCAUUUGGCCUAUUUGUUCACCAUUAUUGGAAGGUGUGUCAUGCGAAAGAAUAACGUCUAUAUCUCCAAGGUCAAGGUCACACUUUGAGUUUGAAGGUCAAAAAUGGCAUAAAUGAGCUAGUCCGGGUCAUAACUAUGUCAUUCAUUGUGAGAUUUUUAAAUCAUUUGGCACAUUUGUUCACAAUCAUUGGAUGGUGUGUCACGCGAAAGAAUUAUGUCGAUAUCUGCAAGGUCACGCUGUGAGUUCAAAGGUCAAAAAUGGCCAUAAAUGAUAUUGUCUGGGCCAUAACUAUGUCAUUCAUUGUGAGAUUUUAAAAUUACUCUGUACAUGUGUUCACAAUCAUUAGACGGUGUGUCAUGCGAAAGAAUUAUGUCGAUAUCUCCAAGGUGAAGGUCACACGUGGAGUUCAAAAGUAAAAAAUGGCCAUACAUGAGCUUGUCCGGGCCAUAACUAUGGUAAUCAUUGUGAGAUUUUAAAAUAUCUCGGUACACGUCUGUGACAAAGCUCUAAUUAUAAAUAAUUUUUUUAAACCUGGUUUUGUGACAAUUUUGUCCCUUGUUUUAUUUUAGUCAACAAAUAAAUGGAAUUUCAUUAGUGUAUUUCAACAUUACCUGUUUUGCUUAGUAUUGUUAUUUUACACCAUGUUCAUCUUAUCUCUAAUUUCAAAUGUGUCAUAAUGUCUCGCAAUAAAAUUGUACAUAUUUUCAUGUCUGUCGUCAUUUAAAUAAUAAAAUAUCAUUCAGUA